UCAAUCCUUCCUUCGUUAAAAGCCCUUCAUUUUAUCAAUCUUUCUUCUCCAGGUCAAUCGAAGCCAUGUACAGAGUAGCGAACGCAUCACAAUACCUGGCUAUCACUGGACAUGGCAUCAAAGACAUCAAGAUCGCCAAGAAAUCAUGGGUUUUACCAUGGCAAUCUUGCACCCUCUUGGAUGUUUCUCCGGUGAACUACACCUUCGAAGUACAGGCCAUGAGCGCCGAGAAGCUCCCUUUUCUGCUCCCCGCCGUCUUCACCAUCGGCCCCAAGUCCGACGACCCAGAAUGCCUCCUCAGAUACGCCAGGCUCCUCUCUGCCCACGAUCAGCACUCCAACCACGUCAACGAUCUCGUCCAGGGGGUCAUCGAGGGAGAGACGCGUGUGCUCGCCGCUUCCAUGACCAUGGAACAGAUCUUCAAAGGCACCAAAGAGUUCAAGAAGGAAGUGUUUGAGAAAGUUCAGCUUGAGCUCAACCAGUUCGGUCUUUUGAUUUACAAUGCCAACGUGAAGCAACUGGUAGACGUGCGUGGCCAUGAAUACUUCUCUUAUUUGGGGCAGAAGACGCAGAUGGAAGCGGCGAACCAGGCGAGGGUAGACGUGGCGGAGGCGAAGAUGAAGGGAGAUCUCGGAGCCAAGAUAAGGGAAGGGCAGACGCUGCAGAACGCGGCCAAGAUUGAUGCGGAGACGAAGGUGAUAGCGACGCGGCGGCAAGGAGAGGGGCAGAAGGAGGAGAUAAGGGUGAAAGCGGAGGUUAGGAUUUUUGAGAACGAGAGAGAGGCAGAGGUGGCCGAGGCCAAUGCAGAUCUUGCCGCGAAGAAAGCUUCAUGGGCUAAGUCUGCUCAGGUGGCCGAGGUCGAGGCGGCCAAGGCUGUUGCCCUCCGGGAAGCCGAGUUGCAGAAGGAGGUCGAGACCAUGAACGCCUUGACCAGGACCGAGAAGCUUAAAGCCGAGUUCCUCUCCAAAGCAAGCGUUGAGUACGAAACCAAGGUACAAGAAGCAAACUGGGGGCUGUACCAGAAACAAAAAGCUGCAGAAGCUAUCCUUUUCCAGAAAGAGAAAGAAGCAGAAGCACAGAAAUCGUUGGCGGAGGCUGCUCAGUUCUCUCGAAAACAAGCAGCAGAUGCAGAAUUGUACGCAAAGAUGAAGGAGGCAGAGGGAAUUGUGGCGCUUGGGCAAGCCCAAGGGACCUAUCUGCGAAGUCUUCUUGAUGCACUGGGUGGUAAUUAUGCGGCUCUAAGGGACUACUUGAUGAUAAACGGCGGCAUGUUUCAAGAGAUGGCCAAGAUCAACGGCGAAGCAGUUCGUGGGCUUCAACCCAAGAUCAGUAUUUGGACGAACGGGACUGCGGCGGAAGGCGACCACGGCAAGGACGGCGCUACGGCCAUGAAGGAGGUUGCGGGUGUGUACAAGAUGCUGCCUCCUCUGUUUAGCACAGUGCAAGAGCAAACGGGAAUGCAGCCACCUGCCUGGAUGGGCUCAUUGGCCAACAAAGCUUGUUAGAAUGCUUGCGAUCAUGUCCCUGCUUCUUCCUGCCUCAUGUUAUGUUCAGUCUUCUCUUCGCUUCAAGACAUGGCUCUCAAUUUGUUUUCGUUUAACCGGUCACUCGGAUCUGUUUCUCUUCCAAUAAUUUAACUUUAUUUACAUUUGUGUUCACUUUCUAAAAAGGAUCAUGAACCUUUAUAUCAUAUUCUGUUGUUUUUCUUUAAUUAUGUCAUGUGUAUAUGGUUAUUAAAUGCAGAAUAUUUAAAUUUCAUUGUCAUGUAAAGGAUGAACCGGCUGUAAAAUUGGAGAACAGGGGGAGAGGGAAAUUGCUUUUACCCUUCAACGCCAAAACUCGGUAC